AUGGCUUUAACCGAUCAACUAUGUCUUGGUUUCACUAUUUUAGCAUUUCUAUCCUACAUAGCCAUCGAUGUAUUCCUUCAAUUACAAAUUCCCUUUACUAGUAUUGGACUACCACAAAAAGGUUAGAUAUGUCCUAAUCAAUAUAUCAAAUAUACUGAUUCCUUUGAAAUGUAAUGUGUAUCUGAUUGCAAUUAAAAUGCAAAUACUAAAAAAUAAGCCUUUCAUAAUCAUUUGGUCAGAAGAAAUCAACCCAAUUUCAUCACAUGUAGAUUUUAUUAUAAUUUAGAUGAAAAUUAAAUAUGUUUGCCUACUCUAGACAAAAAUUUCUAUUAAUUAGAACCAUAUGUUGAAAAACCUAUUUAAAUUUAUAUAAGUUAAUCCUUAAAGGAUGAUUCUUUUGUGAUAAUAUGCAUAAUUUUUAUUUCAUUAGCUAUCAUUUAUGGGACUUUGGCAUUUUAUAGAGAUUAUGCAGAAUUCAUAGUCAAGAUGUCAUCUAUAGUCUCUAUAAUACUUAGCUUUGCUAUUAUUUUAAUACUUAUGAGGAAAUAUAGAUCAGUUCAAGAGGCUAAUGAUAUGUAUCAUUUUAUUUCUAUUCCUUUUAGUUUGAUUUCAAAUGAUUCUUAAUAUGAUUUAUCACAAAUGGCUGCUAUUAUGAUGCUUAAUAAAAUGGAUAUAGUAUAUCUAGUGUUAAUUGCAUUUAUGAAUCUUUUAUUGUGUUACUUAAUCUUUAAAUAUAUAUUGGAUAGACUUCAAUUUUCAGUUUUUCCACUUACUCAUUGGUUCACAAUCCUCUAUUAUAAAGAUUAUUUAAAUAAUACAUAAAUGGAUCCAAAUCAAAAACCAAAAAAAUAUACAUGGCAUUUGAUCCUAUUUUAAAUUAUCAACUUUAUCCUAUUUUAUACUAUUAACAUGUAUCUAAAUUAACAUUAAAUAUUCUAGGUCUUCUUUGUCCAUAAGUUAAGAGUCCUCUCAAUAUGCAUUUGGAGAAACCUCUUUAAUUUUUAAUAUUGUUUUGCCAUUAAUUUCAUUUAUACUAUAUUUAUACUUUGCAAUAUAGAUUUGCCUACUUUCAGAAUAUAAUCUAUAUUAAAAAUAAAAUACAGUAUUUUCUUAAAUAGGGAAAGCAGGAAUUCAAGCUUUUAAUUUAAUUUUCUUGUUCCCUUUGAAUUUUUUAAGGAGUAUACUAUAAUUUUUUGGAAUGAACAAAUUUUAAUAUUUAGUAUUUACAACCCUCAGAUAAGGUUAAGAAUUAAUUAAUUAGGAAAAUCAAAAUAUGAAUUAAUAAUAAGAUUAAGCAGUUGAAUUAGAGACAAGACUUAAUUUAUGUAAUAAUGAUUUAAUAAUUAUUUUAGAUGAUUAAUUGAAUAAAGUUGCUCAUAUCAUCUCUAUAUUUUUAGCUUUGGCUUGCAAUUUUAUUAUGCUCAUUUUAUAAUAAAAUAUUCCAAGUCCAUUUUUAAUUUCUUUGUUGACAUAUGCAAUUACCUACACAUAUUAUAUUCCAAUCGUAGCUAGUCCACUUAAAUAUAGUUUCUUUUUAGGCAAUGGAUAAAUAGAUGACCAUAAAUAGUAAAAUAUGAAAUGUCUUUUAAGACUUUUAAAAUAAAAUUAAUAAUGA